AUUUUUACAUUAAAUAGUCAAUAGUCAAUUAUAUAAAACAAGUACUUAAAAUUUUUGCAUAAAAUCUUAUGGAGGUAUGAGAUGGAACCUAAGCAAAACAAGUUCUGGAUUCUAGAAUUACGAGAGAUACUGAGAGAGAUUAAAAAAUCAAAAUAUUUUUUAGAUUCAUGGACCCAAUUGAAUUCAAUCGGAUCUUCCAUUCAUAUUUUAGUCUCCCAAGAACGGUUUUUAAAACUGUUUGACCCACAAAUUUGGAGUCUUGUACUUUCACCUAAUUUGCAGGGUUCAAAAAGCAAUCGAUCGGUCAAGAUUAAGGGAGUUUUACUAGUUUUCGUUGGCGUUGUUAUCUUUAUUUAUCGUAUUAGCAAUCAAAAUAUGGUUGAAAGAAAAAAUCUCUAUUUAAAAAGACUUUUUCCUAUACCGAUGAAUUGCAGUGAAUCCAUAACUGAUCAAGAUAGUGGUUAUUCUACUCUAAAUCGAUUGAGUAUUUUACUCCUUUCUUUUCCAAAAGGCAAAAAUCAAAUUGAUAUUGAUUUACUGAAUACGAACUAUAAUACUCGGGUUUUGCCAAUAAAAAAAAAAACCUAACAUGCCUCAAUCAAAGUCAGAUUCGACGCAGGGGAAAAACUUUAUUAGAGAAAUUAUUAGACGAACUAGAACGGAAUUUAGAGAAAUUCCAAUGAAACUUCUUGGUUUAAAUCUGGUAUUAUUAAAAGAUAAAAAAUCGCUGGAGUUUCCUUAUGAUUCCACAAGAUCUAGUUCCUUACAAGUAAAAGAUUCCGGCCAACCGAAAGGAUCCUUGGAUAGAAAUUUUUUGGAUUCCAUUAGAAAUGAGGAUUCCGAAUAUUCCAAAUUAAUGAAUAAAAGAAAAUUUAAACAACGAAAACAAAGAUCAACUUCUUGGGAUCCUUACUUUCUUAAAACCGAACAAAAAGAGAUCAAAGGCCGUAAACCCACGCUAAGCCUUCCGUUUCCGAAAGAAAGGGAACAAUCUCGGGGCAAUGCCCCGAGGUCCCUUUAUUCAUUUUACUCUGAUAGAUGGUCAGAACUUUAUAUGGGAUCAACUCCUAUUGCUAAG